ACCACUGUGUAUGUAGUCUGGUCAUUGAAACAUCCUUAUGCGGUGCAUUACUGAAAUCUUGAAACUUGAAAUACCCAUAAUAUCUUGGGCAAUGUCAGGGAAAUGCAGUAAUGGGAAGGGCAGUUCCCAAGCUGUAAACACAAAGAAAAACAAUGACGACACAUUUUGGACCAGCAAGAUGAUCCCUUGAUAACUGACUGGGAAUCGGAAGCUGCAGGGGAGAUUUGUUGUUCUCAGGCAUAGAGUGGCUGCGGGUUGGCCUGACGUCAAUGGCAGGACUCUACAGGGGUAAGAGAAUCCAGGGAGGCAUCUGUGCACUGCAUGGCCAGAAUGCCUGCCAGGUGAUUCUUCCAAGAGAAAAAAGCAUGUGGACUACAUACAUAAGAGGAGGAAACAAAAGCACACAGCCAUUAAAAUAAAACACAAGUCACGUGUGAGUCUGUUCUCGUGUGUACGUGCUUUCCAGUGGGGAUGCAGCGUACUAAGAGGUGUACAUGGUACCUGUCACUUAGUGAAGCAGUGUCAUUCGUUUGGGAUAAUACCUGAGGUUCGCUGCCUCACGCCAAGAAAAUCAAGGACACAGACAAACAAGGACAGACACAACAGCUACAUGGAAGCAGACAACCUUACAGAAUUAUCAAAAUUUCUCCUCCUGGGACUCUCAGAUGAUCCUGAACUGCAGCCUGUCCUCUUUGGGCUGUUCCUGUCCAUGUACCUGGUCACGGUGCUGGGGAACCUGCUCAUCAUUCUGGCCGUCAGCUCUGACUCCCACCUCCACACCGCCAUGUACUUCUUCCUCUCCAACCUGUCCUUUGUCGACAUCUGUUUCAUCUCCACCACAGUCCCCAAGAUGCUAGUGAACAUCCAGGCACGGAGCAAAGACAUCUCCUACAUGGGGUGCCUCACUCAGGUGUAUUUUUUAAUGAUGUUUGCUGGACUGGAUACUUUCCUACUGGCUGUGAUGGCUUAUGACCGGUUUGUGGCCAUCUGCCACCCCCUUCAGUACGCGGUCAUCAUGAACCCCUGCCUCUGUGGCCUCCUGGUUCUGGCAUCUUGGUUCGUCAUUUUCUGGUUCUCCCUGGUUCAUAUUCUACUGAUGAAGAGGUUGACCUUCUCCACAGGCACUGAGAUUCCGCAUUUCUUCUGUGUACCGGCUCGGGUCCUCAAGGUGGCCCGCUCUAACACCCUCCUCAAUAACAUUGUCUUAUAUGUGGCCACGGCACUGCUGGGUGUGUUUCCUGUAGCUGGGAUCCUCUUCUCCUACUCUCGGAUCGUCUCCUCCUUAAUGAGAAUGUCCUCCCCCGAGGGCAAGUACAAAGCCUUUUCCACCUGUGGAUCUCACCUCUGUGUGGUCUCCUUGUUCAAUGGAACAGGACUAGGGGUCUAUCUCAGUUCUGCUGUGACCCGUUCUUCCCAGAGCAGCUCCACGGCCUCAGUGAUGUAUGCCAUGGUCACCCCCAUGCUGAACCCCUUCAUCUACAGCCUGAGGAACAAGGACGUGAAGGGGGCCCUGGAAAGACUCCUCAGCAGGGCAGACUCUUGUCCAUGACAAAUCAGGGCCUCAGAACUAAGAGGACACACUGCGUACCCCUAAGGCAAAUGUUGUGGGUUUAAAUAUCCGGCUCUUUUUCUCUUUUAAAAGAUGUGCUUG